AUGGCAAUUAUAUGUCUAUCGCACACCGAAGAAACAACAUUCCGUGAUGUUGCUGGAGAAGAGGAGAAACAUGCUUUGAUUCAGUACAAAUGGUGGAAUUAUCAUUAUAGCAAUAUUGAUAGCCACCAUAACGACUCGGUCGUCCCCUGUGAAUGGGAGGAGAUAGUUUGCAACGAACUUGGAAGUAUUACUCAGAUUUGGAGACCAAGUAUCCCUCCACAGCAGCCUCGCCUUGUAGAUCUUAACUUCACUGCAUUCCCUAAUCUAGAACGGCUAGGUCUUUAUGGAAUGGGGUUGGUGGGUAGCAUUCCAACUCAAAUUGAAACUCUUCGUAAUCUCACCCAUCUAUACUUCUUUGACAACAAUCUUACUGGCACCAUUCCAACUCAGAUUGGAAGUCUUGGCAGUCUCAUACAUCUAAACUUGUCUUAUAACAAAUUAACUGGUGAGUCGCAAGCCUUCCUUCCACACCUAUUAAUUAACUUCAGUCCUCUGGAAUUGAUGGAUUUGAGUGGAAACAAGGAUUUGGUUAAGCCUUUCUUUCAACUUUGGGUUUUGUAAGCAAUCUCAAGUAUCUAUAUUUGUCCGAUCAAAUUCUUUUGAA